AUGAAAGAUUUAGAUGAAGCCUCUUAUGUCAUUGGCGUAGAGAUUCACAGAGACAAAGAACAAAGAAUUUUGGAACUGUCUCAAAAGACUUACAUUGAAAAGGAGCAGAUGAAAGGGAUAUCGUAUGCAUCUGCAGUAGGAAGCUUAAUGUAUGCACAGGUCCGCACUAGACCUAACAUUGGCUUUGCAGUGGGAUUAUUGGGUCCAUAUCAAAGUAACCUAGGUUUGGGUCAUUGGAAGGAUGUAAAGAAGGUUCUACGGUAUUUUCAAGGAACCAAGGACUACAGAUUGACCUACAGACACACUGAUUGUUUAAAGGUGGUUGGUUAUUCAGACUCGAAUUUUGCUAAAUGUGUAGACACCAAAAAAUCUAAUUCAGGAAAUAUUUUUCUACUUGCUGGGGGUGCUAUAUCCUGA